AUGUGUGAGCAGGCAGCGCGCUACUGUAGGGACGGAGUCCACAAACUGCUUAACAAAGAACAAGCCAAACUUCGAGCCCAAGAAAACCGCGAGCAGCCGAAACCCGUAGCCGGUCAGGACAGCGAGUCCGCGACGGCAGCACAGUCCGGAAACAGCGGCGCCCAGCCCGGUGGAAUCGACGGGCUCGUCCGCUGGAUCGUCACCAAAAUGAGCGACAACAAGAACAUCUCCAGCCGGGAGUACGCCUCCAGCAAGGAGGAGGUGGCCGUGGCACAGGAGCAGUUCUUCGCCCCGGAACCGCGGAGAGGCAUCUCCGUUAUUUUGGAUAUAUUCAGAAGAGCCGACAAAGAUGAUGAUGGUAAGCUGUCUCUGGAUGAGUUCCAGGCUUUCUUCUCUGAUGGCACACUGAAUGAGGAGGAGCUGGAGAAGCUGUUUCACACCAUCGACUCUGAUAACACCAGUAAUGUUGACACUAAGGAACUCUGUGACUACUUUGCCAAGCACAUGGGGGACUAUGAGGGAGUCCUGGCCUCUUUGGAAACACUCAAUCUUUCCAUCCUCAAAGCCAUGGACUUCACCAAGAAGGUUUAUGAGAGAGGAACCAACGUGGAGCAGUUUGUGACCCGUUUCCUCCUGAAGGAAUCGGCCAAUCAGAUCCAGUCUCUCCUGAGCUCUGUGGAGAGUGCAGUGGAUGCAAUUGACGAACAGCACAGCCAAUCAGGUCAUCUACCUGCCAAGGUGAGUCCACGAAUGUCAGAGAGGCGCAACGAAAACACUGUCCCUGACUAUCCCCCUAACAACAGAGUCAGCGCCAGAGAGGCUGUCAGGACCAUCAACACUGCUUCAGGUGCAGUGGAGGUGAGGAAAGAAGGUCUGGAGGCUCAGAUCAACCGCUUGGCUGAACUAAUUGGUCGACUGGAGAAUAAGACAGUCUGGUUUGAUUUGCACCAGAGGCUAACAGACACAGAUGGCACCAGCAGCGCAUCUUUGUGGCUGAUUCGUCAGGAGAUGGUGGUUUCCCAGAAGAAGCUUGGCGAGUUUUGUGAGGCUCUGAAGCAGUAUCUGAAGAAUGUCUCCACUCAGAGAGACUGCUUUCAUGUGACUGCGGUGCGUCUGCCUGACAGUUUAUCCUUUGUCGUCUACGAGUUCUGGGAUGGAGAGGAGGAGUGGAAGAAGCACCUCCAGUCGCCCCCCAAUAAAGCCUUUCAGCAUGUGAAGGUGGACACACUGUGCCAGCCAGAGGCCGUGUCCUCUGUAGCCGUGCCAGCCGCCUGGUGCAGUGUGAAAAGGGACUGAGCAUGAAGAUAUUCAACUACACGCCAAGACUCCUGGUCGCUCCCCACUUCCUCUUUGAUUCCCCCUCCGUCCCUGAAACUUUUUCCUUCUGCAUUUCACCCACUCUCACUCCCUCUCUUCUCCUUUCACUCCUCACAUUCCUCAACUCUUUUUGUAAGUACAUGUUUACACAGUACAAAUGAAUGGUGUCAACUGCAGUGAAAAUUGAACAGUGCAUUUUACAAUGUGAGAUUACUUAAACGCAUUUGCAUCUCACCACGGUAGUUUGCUGGCUCAAGAUUUUGGAUUAUUUCAUGUUCAUGUUUCAAGUAGCUUUGAGCCACUGGUGGUGGAGUUUGUCAUGUAGCAAGGACCCCG